UCUGAGCAGAGUGUGAAAUAUGAACAUGCACGUCUGUUUGUUUCUGAUGACUUUCGUUUUGAGCUCACAUGCCUUGCCACGAGUGCAACGAAGUAGUCACAGUGACCAUGACCCAGUAGCAGUUCUAUCUCCACAACCAGAAGUUCGUUUGAUUUCACCAUCGCAUAAACUUCGAGUUGGAGAUCCAGCAGUACUAGUAUGCACACCUCGUGCUGAUCUACCUGGACCACAUCAGUUCUCUUGGUUUGGUCCAAAAAAUGAGACUCUGAUUUCUUCCAUUCCUGACUACAUUGUCUAUCGUCGCACUUUGGUGAUUUCUAAUCUAACAUAUGAUGAUACAGGACGAUACACUUGCAGAGUUACCACUCCUGUGGGACAAUUUUCUGCUUUUGCAAUGAUAAGUGUGCUUCCAGCCAUUCCCUGUGAGUUUAACCCACCCAUCAUAGCACUCAAACCCAAAUAUGUGACUGUUUAUCUCAACACAACUGGACUUAUUGAAGCUGCUCACUGUACAAACUACUCAUCGUUGUUGAAGAUAAAUCUUUUGACGAAAACUGCAAACACUGCUGUUAAGCAUUACAGAACAAUUCAACACUUUGCUGAACAGCUCAAUGCCAUACAAGUCUUGGAUACACUAAACAUCAUCAAUGCAUCUGUUUUGUUUCACAGCAAGGUUUUAGAAGGUUUGUCCAAACUGCAGCAAAUAGUCAACAAUUCAAACUUUCUAACAUUAGAUUUCAACAUCAGCACUACCUCAUUAGUCAAUACUGUAGAUCUUCCUUUCCAGUCAGCAAUCAAUCGAUCUGCAGCUCUUGCUAAUGCCAUCAAGAUAUUAAAUGUCAGUCAUCCACGUGCCGUCUUCAUGCCUGCACCUGCCCAAUGUCCACAGCAUAAAGAAGUGUUUAAUAAUACUCUCAUCUUGCCAUGUGAAACAGAAUCGCGUUCACAAACAAUUACUUUUUAUCACAACGAUAUUCCUAUUGACAGAAGUGACAAACGAUUCCAGUACCAUCAAUAUGGACUAAAGAUACUAAAUGUUUCUCCAGUCCUUGUUGGAAAUUACACGUGUGUUGCAGUUAAUGGUUGUGCAAGCAGCUCUGUUUCCUCUUUUGUUAACGUCACAACACUUCUAUCAUCUUCCCCUUCUGCUGUUAUCUCUGAUCGUCACUUUACUGAGACCAUGUUAUAUGGUCAAUAUCCAGCUCUGCGUUUAUUGAACAUUUCGUCUGACAACUUCACGUUUUACAACUUCAGUUCACCAUAUUUGGAGGUGAGCACCUUGCUACCAAUCAAGUUAACAUUUAUCAAUGUCACAAUUGAUCACAUUCAUAUUGCCAACAGCACCCGGCUGCCAAACAUUACUCUGGUAAACAGCACAAUAGGUCGAUUGGAAUUGGUCAAUUCUAGUGCCGAAAUAUUCUCUGUUAUCUCUGCCAAUAUCAGUUCUGGUUUGUUCAAGAAUGCAUUCUUUACAGAGACUCUGUAUCUGAAUGUUUCAUUUGCAAACACUCAGUAUGUGAAUACUGAAUUUGUCAAUUACAUUUUGAUCAACUACACUUCUAUCAAUCACACAUCAAUUAAUGUUACUCACCUAGAAGGUGAACUCUUUAAUGUAACAUUUGUCAACUACACUGGAAUCAACGUGGAAUAUUGGAACGUGUCCCUAGUGAAUUCCAACUUACACAACUAUUUUGUCACAGAUGCUUAUUGGACAAAUGUCACUCACAUCAAUGUUACCGAACUGGACAUCACAUUACAGGACGUGUAUGCAGUCAACUACACUGCAAUCAAUGUGACAACAGUCAACUCAACGCAUACCAAUGUGGUGUAUGUAAACUCGACCUUCUAUAACUACUCAGUUCUUGCAGCAGAGAGGAACUACGUGACCUACAUCAAUGUCUCAUGUAUUCUCUGUAAUUACACUAAAGUCAAAACUUGGAACGAAUUCAACCAGAACGUGACAUGUGUGAACUACACUGUCAUUGACUCAUUCAUAUAUCACACCAACUACACAAACAUGACAACCAUAAAUGCAACCUGGAUCGAUAUAUACUCACUCAACAAUACAAUGAUCAACAUGACCGAGUGGAAUGUCACAAUUGCCAACGUGACUUCUUUUGAUUUGCUGUCGAUUAACAUAAGCUACAUCAAUGUCACUCUACUGAACGUGUCAUUGGUGAAUCCCUCCCUUCACAACUGUUCUGCCGAAAAAUCCUUCCAGAUCAAUGUCACACACACGAAUGCUUCAUUAUUCUUGUACAAUUUAACAAAUGCCAUUUUAGUAAAUGUCACUCACAUCAAUGUUACCGAAAUGGACAUCACAUUACAGGACGUGUAUGCAGUCAACUACACUGCAAUCAAUGUGACAACAGUCAACUCGACGCAUACCAAUGUGGGCUAUGUAAACUCGACCUUCUAUAACUACUCAGUUCUUGCAGCAGAGAUGAACUACGUGACCUACAUCAAUGUCUCAUGUAUUCUCUGUAAUUACACUAAAGUCAAAACUUGGAACGAAUUCAACCAGAAUGUGACAUGUGUGAACUACACUGUCAUUGACUCGUUCAUAUAUCACACCAUCUAUACAAACAUGACAACCAUAAAUGCAACAUGGAUCGAUAUAUACUCACUCAACAAUACAAUGAUCAACAUGACCGAGUCGAAUGUCACAAUUGCCAACGUGACUUCUUUUGAUUUGCUGUCGAUUAACAUAAGCUACAUCAAUGUCACUCUAAUGAACGUGUCAUUGGUGAAUCCCUCCCUUCACAACUGUUCUGUCAAAAAAUCCUUCCAGAUCAAUGUCACACACACGAAUGCUUCGUUAUUCUUGUACAAUAUAACAGAUGCCAUUUUAGUGAAUGUCACGAAUAUCAACGUCGUGGCUAUCAACUUCACUGCAUUGAACAUGACAAGGGUCAACAUCACUGAACGAAACGUAUCGUUCGUUAACUCGUCUUUCACAGAGCUUGUUGAGCUCAAAGCAACACGAUACUACAUCAGCUACAAUGCCUGUGUUUUCGUCAACACAACCUUCAUCAACUUUACGGUCACCAACUGCUCUAUUAUCAAUGGUUCAUUUUCAAACAUGACGACAGUGAAUCAAACUGCUGUCAACUGUACGGCCAUCAAUACGACUCUAGAUAUGGUCGUGCGACACAAUGUUAGUCUGAUCAAUGUGACAUAUCACAAUGUUUCCUAUGCCAAUGCUGUGCAUGUGAACGUCAGCAAUGUCAACUUUUCCAUGCUUUUAUACAAUGCCACCAACAUCACUGGAUACAACGUCAGUCACACAAACUAUUCGUGUGUGGACAUAAUGUAUCUCAACUGGACUUGUAUCAACUGUUCACUUACCAAUACGUCUUUCAUAAAUUCUACAUUUAUUGACAUGGAUAUCAUCAACUCCACUCAGUAUCUUAUAAACGUCACCAACUCGUCGUUGUUCAAUGUUAACUUCAUUAAUAUGACUUCAACAAGCCAUGUGAAUAAGAAUGUCACACUGACUAACAUAAAAACGGCAAACUGUUCAAUGAUUGGCUACUCUGGACUAAACAAUACUUUCAAACAUUCAAUACUGUAUAAUACUACGUUCAUCAAUUCCACUCAAAGCUAUCCAUUGUAUAUCAACACAACAGUCAAUAUGGUGACAUUCAAUAGAACAGAUAUUGAGCAUGCGUCUGUAAUCAAUUCAAGUAUAUAUGAUCUCAAGCAUAUCAAUGGAUCAACAUUCAAUUUGUCCUUGAUCAACGUCACCUCUCAUCAUCUUUACAUUGGUAACCAGACGGGAGAGCAAUUGGUAAUUAUCAAUGCCACACUCUUCAAUAGCACUUUCUGGAAUUCGACUGUCCAAAAUAUGACAAUCAAAAAUGGUACAUUCCUAUUGUUGACCGCCAACCAAUCUGUUUUGAAUAGUCUCGUCCUGACUGAAAACAGCACUAUGAAAGAGUUGGUGUUACAAAAUAGUAACAUGAAUGACAUGUCAGUGAACAACUACGAGUCUGACUACAAUGUAAAAGAUCUUAUGUGCAUUGAGGACUUUACUGACAGCACGUCUACACCCGGCGAUCUAAACUGCAGUAGACAAGCAAUCAAAAUGAGAAGCCAUGAGAAAUAUCCAGAGAUUUUUGGCAAACGAGAGAUACUGAGACUGAGUCGAGUGGAGCCUCCCAUGCUUUAUGAUAUGCAAAUGGUACUUCGUGACCCCACUUUUCCACCUGUUCUUUUCUCUCUGUCUGAGGAAGCUGAACAAGUCAAAUCCACUAUUCUCUCUCUGACUGCUGAACCUGAAGAAGUCAAACAAACUAUUUACCCGACUGCUGAACCUAGGAGACCUAUGGAUGUUGACGAGUGAACUCCAACUCUGUAUACUAACUGUAUACAAACGCUACUGUUUGUGACUGUCUGUUGAUGUAAUGUCAGUAAGCACACCUACUAGUUUGCUUACAGUUUGUUCUUUCUUUUGUUGGCAUCAGUCUAUAAACAUUCUGUUUUCUUUGCAA